UCUAAUUAUUCUGAAAAAUUUGCUGAAUUGAAAGCAACGAAUAAGAUGCUGAAACAACAGCUUGAGGACCAGAAGAAAACGCUUCGUUGGAUUUUGAGAGAUAAGUGCAUAUCAAAAAUUGAGCAUGCAUGCUAUUUCACGGUGGUACAUUCAAGAACGCAAGUCAACUACAAAACAGCAGUCGAAAUCUGUAAAGAUCGUGGUGCAGACAUCGGUGUGAUUCGAGAUAAUGAUUCCUACACUGAGAUCAUGAAUGACUUGAGAUUUAAAAUGCCAAGAGGCACAUUUUACAAUGACGUUUGGACCGGUUUGGGCUUCAAUCCAUUUACGGGCGAGAUCACACCUGCUAAUUCCUUUACUGAAUGGAUCAACGAAAAGCCAUACAUGGGAGUUCUAACCAGAGAUUACACAAACGUUUUCCUUCACGUCAAUCGUAAUCCAGCCCACUGGAAACAAGGCAUGAGAAAUGUGAAGCCUAAUGAACAUUUUUACGGGGUUGUUUGUGAGAUCAAGCUCUAAGAACAAUUUGCUUGUUAUUGUAAAUUGAUUUACUUGUUCUAUAAUGAAUUGCUUUUUUGUAUUUGUUCCUAACUGAAAAAAUUCGGUAAUUGACUGAAACUCAAAACAAGUUAAAUAGUUACCAAGCAAAAGAAGCGAAAACAAUUUCAGUACUUUUCCCUAGAUCAGGGCUACUCAACUGGCGGGCCGAGGUCCGAAUCAGGAUUCUUUAAUUAUUCGGCGAUCGCUGGGUACAUCCUCGCCAUUACUCUUAAAUAUAGAUCAUCUUUACAAAAAAUCUGAAUAAAUGAAUGAAUGAGUUUUAGGUUAUAAAUCUAUUUGAACUGAUGGAACUGAUAGAUAGAGAGAUAAUGAUUUAUUUCUGAAUAUUUCAUUACAUAUUGCAGUAAGAAUAAACAAACAUACAAUAUUCACGAAAUAUAAUCGGAAGGGGGCGGAGAAGACAUCAAUGUCGACCGACCCACAGGAAAAGUUCCUAUCAGGACAAGACACUCUGACACAGGCAUCGUAAUUGCAGUGAAAAGAAAAACUUUUUUUUUUAAUUUUAAGUCCGGUUAAGAAGCCGCUAUAAUCGAAAUUGUAAGUUCCAUGAUUGUUGCCUUCAUUUUAUAAAAUGUAUACUGUUAUUGCAACUGCUUAGUCAUAGUCAUAUUUUGCAUACUGCUUUGUUUUGAAUCUACUAACAAAGAUUAUUCAUUCAGAAUUUUCGACCGACAGAGCGUUUUCGUAAUAUUCUAUGAUGCAGUAUACGCCGUUUGCUUUGCGGUUAAUAUAUAUAGCAAACAUAUAGUAAUUGUGUUCUUUUUGGCCAGAGUUUUGCAUUGAGAU